AGACUUGCAUGUAACAUGACAUUAGACCGAUUCAAUAUGUUAUCGCGAUCGCUGUUUAUUCUCGUUGGAGUCUGCCUUGCAUUGGCAGUUUCUGGUGAACAAGCUCGUUAUGACAACUAUAGAGUUUACAAAGUCAGAGCAAAUGACACUGAUCAAUUGGCUGUUUUGAAAGAUCUCGAUGGUUCCACCGAUAGUAUGAUUUUCCUUGAUGGGGUACAUGCCCUUGCGAAGGGAAUUCAUGUUGUCGUUGCACCUCAUAAAGUUCCCGAUUUUGUCAACAUUGUAAGCAGACAAGGUAUCAUUCCCGAACUAGUUGAUGAGGAUGCUCAAGCACGUUUGGAUAGUGUAGAUCUUGGAUUUGAAGAACGAUCGGGAUAUGGGUGGACAUCAUAUCACACUCUCGAGGAGAACUACGAAUGGUUGAGAUCGCUGGCAAAAGCCUAUCCUAAAAUUGUGUCUCUGAUUGUUGGUGGACGAUCAUACGAAGGUCGUCAAAUUUUGGGAAUCAAGAUCUCUCACAAGUCCGGCAACAAGGGUAUCUUCAUUGAAGGCGGUAUCCAUGCUCGUGAAUGGAUUGCUCCAGCUACCGUCACCUAUUUGAUCAAUCAACUGUUGACCAGCAACUCUCAGGCGAUUAAGAAUAUUGCACAAAACAACGAUUGGUACAUCUUUCCACACGCCAAUCCCGAUGGUUAUGCCUACACCUGGAACAAAGAUCGUAUGUGGAGAAAGACUCGUCGCCCAUAUGGCAGCUGUUAUGGUGCCGAUCCCAACAGGAACUGGAACUUCCACUGGAACGAAGUAGGAUCCAGCAACAACGCUUGCUCAGACACUUACGCCGGACCAACUGCAAACUCUGAAAUCGAAGUCAAGACUCUGUCGAGCUACAUUUCAUCGUUGAGAGGCAAGAUUCACUUGUAUGUAUCGUUCCAUGCCUACUCCCAAUACUUGCUCUAUCCAUACGGACACACCAAUCAAUUGCCACCAAAUGUAAACGACUUGAAAGCCGUCUACAAUGCAGCUGUCGAUGCGAUGAAUAAGCGCUACGGAACGAAAUACACUGGCGGUAACAUCUAUGAUGCUAUCUAUCCUGCUUCUGGAGCAAGUAUUGAUUGGGCUUAUGCCAAUGUUGGCACUAAAUUGGCGUUCUGCUAUGAACUGCGUCCGUCAAGCAACAAUGUUUGGUAUGGAUUCCAAUUGCCAGCUUCACAGAUUAUUCCAACCGGUGAUGAGACAGUUGAUUCUAUUGUCGCAAUGGUUAACAAAGCUAAGCAGUUGAAGUACUUGUAAGCGGGAUUUUCAAUAAGAUAAAUAAAGUAUUUUUUCGUUGAUAUUA